CCGAAAGAAGACGCUCAGAGUCGCCGUCUCCAGAGCCUUGCCAACGGUCUGGCUGAUAUGUUUACUUCCCACGGCCUUCACAGUGGCCGUCGUCGCUUAGGCGACCCUGUAAAACUUCAUGCGACAGUGCUCAACUCCCGCCUGCGCGGCCAGCGCCAGACCUCGCGUCUCGCCGCCGAGACAGGUAAUCUCGCCCUGACAAAUCGGUGUCCUUCGGAAACCUUUUCAGCUAUGGGUGUCCUUGUUGCCUUUGAGACUUACCAACUUAUUGAAAAUGAGCGAUUUGAAGAGGUGCAGUUGUGCAAAAUGAUCUCUGACGAUGCAGAGAAUGGUGAUGGAGAUGGCUUCUAUCCGUGCAUUGCCAAACUCAGCUUGUCAACCAUGUGA